AUGCCGAAGAAGAGGUCUAUGAAGGAUAUUGGAAAGCAGGAUGAGAUCCAUCCUUCUUCACGAAGAUUUACUCAGCUCAACCGCGUUGUGUUGCGAGACGACAAGUUGGCGAGGAUGAACCACCUGCGGCAUAAAAGCAAGAACAACCAGGUGAGUCGAGCAAUUGUCUUCAAGCUGGCCUUGGAAGAAGCAAAAGUCACCACCUUCACCGAAGCCCAAAUCCACGAAGUCAUCCAACAAUACAUUGCCCGCAAAGACGUCGAGCUAGCAGAGGAAAAAGCAAAGCGAAGACCAGGACGUCCACCAACAGCCAAGCAGCAGCAAUUAACAAUGUCAAUAGAGCAGGAGAAGAAAGAGUACGAGACCGGGUUUUAUUGUCCUGAUUUGAGGGAUGCGGAGAGUUGUGAGCAAAUUAUAUUGUGGAGUGGGGAUUUCAAUGCGUUGCCGAGGAUUAAGUUUACGAGGUUUUCGAAGCCAAAGGAGGAGACGGUUGAGGUUAUGCAGGAGUAG